GUAGCUUAAUAAGAAUGAACAAACACCAGAAUAUAUGUUCCCAUUUGCCGUAGUGACUUGUCAUGGCAUUACAUAAGGAGAUCUCUGCUUAUCCUAUAAAUACUAUCCUCACACAAUAUUACCAAAACCAACUCAAGAAAUAUUCUUUGAUUUGGCUUAAUCUAUUAGUUUUCACCCCAACCUUACGUAAACAACAUGGGCUUUGCAAGCUUCACCGAUGAGUACACUUCCCCUAUUGCUCCAUCAAGGCUAUUCAAGGCCUCCAUCGUAGACUCUCACAACUUAAUUCCAAAACUGUUGCCGCAAGGUAUUAAGAGCAUUGAGCAUAUUCAAGGUGAUGGGGGAGCCGGAAGCAUCAAGCAGAUCAACUUCAUUGACGGUCGCACUUUCAAUAGUGUGAAGUACCACAUUGACGAGCUCAGUGAAGAUAAGUACACAUAUAACUAUACUCUGUUGGAAGGCGAUGCUCUGGUGGAAAAUCUUGAAAAAAUAACUUACGAGGUCAAGUUUGAGUCCUCUCCUAGUGGUGGUACCAUCUCUAAGGUAACGAGUAAGUACUACACUAAAGGAGAAUUCAUGCUUAAGGAAGAGGAUAUUAAGGCCGGCAAGGAGAAGGUUUUAUCGAUGUAUAAAGUUGUUGAAGCCUACCUCAUCCAGAACCCUGAUGCCUAUGUCUAGAUCUUUUGUCUCCAAAAUUGUUAUAAUCUCUCCAAGAGGUUUACACGCAGCCUGUCUUGUUGUUUUCAUUUUGAUUUUUACUUUUCUAUUGUUCUGGAAUAAGGAGACUUUGGUUCUGAGCUGUGUCUUAACCAUAUAAAGUCAUCAGUCAUGUCUUAGUUCUGUAUUUCAGUGUUUACAUCCUGAAAAUAAGAAAACCUCUUGUUAAAUCAUUUUUGUUAUCAGAGAUUGAAAGCUUUU